CCCCAAACCUUUCCUGACGGCCUCAUAGGCACAUGAGGAUGCGGGGAACUUCUGGGAGUUGCUGCCACCCGCGGAGUGGUGCAGAGCGGAACAAGCAGACGGCCUCGUAUCCCUGCAGUCUCCUUCACUUCCAAACGCGCAGGGAUGACCUAAAGCACCAGGCGCAAGAGAAAGCACUUCCAUAACCCCAAACUCCCAACUCCCGGGUAUGGAGGGGAGGGCCAGGCUCAGGACCAACCCCGCCACCCCGCCAGGGGCAGCCGCGGUCGGGCUGCAGCGACGGAAGCGGCCGCCUCCUCCCGACACCGCCUCCCCAUUCCCACCACCCCACGGCGCCGCGCACGCGCGUGGCGGGGAUCUUUUCCCCCUUCACCCUUUCCUCCCACCCCCUGAACCCUUUCCUCCCACCCCCUGCCUGCUUUUCCCUGCCUGCUUUUCCCUGCGUGUCUUCCCCUCCCCGCUCCCGUCCGCGGCUCCUCCCUGCAGCACCUUCAGCCAAGAGGAGGGCGGGGACGCGCACACGGCACAGCUGCCCAGCGGCUCCAUCCCGAUUCCAGCAUCAGCAGGCUCGGCGCUUUCCUCCUCUUCUUUUCCUCCUCUUCCUUUCCUUCUCUUCCUUUCUUUCCUCCUCUUCCCUUUUUCCUCCCCCUCCGCCAUGGAGCUUCCCGAGAGCCAGUGCAAGAAAGUCAAGCUGAGCAACAGGGUGCCGAGCUGGGGAAUGCAGAGGGCAACCAAUGUUACCUACCAAGCUCAUCAUGUCAGCAGGAAUAAGAGAGGCCAAGUGGUAGGAACAAGAAGUGGCUUCCGUGGAUGCACAGUCUGGUUAACAGGUCUGUCUGGUGCUGGGAAGACCACUGUGAGCAUGGCACUGGAGGAGUAUUUAGUAUGCCAUGGCAUUCCAUGCUACACAUUGGAUGGUGACAAUAUUCGUCAAGGCCUUAAUAAGAAUCUGGGUUUCACACCAGAGGACAGAGAAGAAAAUGUCCGUCGUAUUGCUGAGGUUGCAAAACUGUUUGCAGAUGCUGGUUUGGUGUGCAUUACUAGUUUCAUCUCUCCUUAUGCUCAGGAUCGUAAUAACGCCAGACGAAUUCACGAAGGGGCAAGUUUGCCUUUUUUUGAGGUAUUUGUGGAUGCUCCAUUGCAUGUCUGUGAGCAGAGAGAUGUCAAAGGACUCUAUAAGAAAGCCAGGGCUGGAGAAAUAAAAGGUUUUACUGGAAUUGACUCUGAGUAUGAAAAACCAGAAGCCCCAGAGCUUGUGCUGAAAACUGAUUCCUGUGAUGUGAAUGACUGUAUACAACAAGUUGUGGAACUUCUUCAGGAGAGGGACAUCGUACCAGUAGAUGCCUCUUAUGAGGUGAAAGAGCUUUAUGUGCCGGAAAAUAAGCUACAGUUGGCCAAAACUGAUGCUGAGUCUCUGUUAACCUUGGAAAUAAAUAAGGUGGAUAUGCAGUGGGUGCAAGUGCUAGCAGAAGGAUGGGCAACACCCCUGAAUGGCUUCAUGAGAGAGAGAGAAUACCUGCAGUGCCUUCACUUUGACUGUCUCCUUGAUGGGGGAGUUAUUAAUCUCUCAGUGCCUAUAGUGCUAACAGCUACUCAAGAAGACAAAGAAAGGUUGGAUGGGUGUACAGCCAUUGCUCUGGUGUAUGAAGGCUCCCGUGUGGCCAUUCUCCGUAAUCCCGAAUUCUAUGAGCACAGGAAAGAGGAACGCUGUGCCAGGCAAUGGGGAACAACGUGCAAGGAACAUCCCUAUAUCAAGAUGGUUAUGGAGCAAGGAAACUGGCUUGUAGGUGGAGAUCUACAGGUCCUUGAUCGUAUUUAUUGGAAUGAUGGACUUGAUCAAUACCGUCUCACUCCAGCUGAGCUAAGGCAGAAAUUCAAGGAUAUGAAUGCUGAUGCUGUCUUUGCCUUCCAGUUACGUAACCCAGUGCACAAUGGACAUGCUCUUUUAAUGCAGGAUACUCACAAGCAGCUUUUGGAGCGUGGGUACAGGCGCCCAGUUUUACUCCUGCACCCACUGGGAGGUUGGACAAAAGAGGAUGAUGUUCCCCUCAUGUGGCGCAUGAAGCAACACGCUGCAGUGCUGGAGGAGGGGAUCUUGAACCCAGAAACAACAGUGGUGGCUAUAUUCCCUUCCCCCAUGAUGUAUGCUGGGCCAACUGAGGUUCAGUGGCACUGUAGGUCACGGAUGGUUGCAGGAGCUAACUUCUACAUUGUAGGGAGAGAUCCAGCAGGGAUGCCACACCCUGACACUGGGAAAGAUCUGUAUGAACCAACCCAUGGUGCCAAAGUGUUGACAAUGGCCCCAGGCCUCCGUGCACUGGAAAUUGUGCCCUUCAGAGUUGCAGCUUAUAAUAAGAAAAAGAAGUGCAUGGAUUAUUAUGACUCUGAUCACCAUGAAGACUUUGACUUUAUAUCGGGGACCCGCAUGCGCAAGUUGGCUCGGGAAGGACAAAACCCACCAGAAGGCUUCAUGGCUCCUAAAGCUUGGACUGUGUUGACAGAAUACUACAAAUCCUUGGAGAAGGCUUAGGCCUCUUAUUAACUGCAGAUCAACCUUUGACGCCUGAUUUAUUUACGAGAAGGGGACCACACAGUCACCAUUCAUGUUGCUUUGUUGUGGUGUCUGUCAGGAAGUUCUUCUCUGAAAACAGACCCUUUCUCCCUAACUUAGCAUCAUUCUUUGUCUGUCCUUAUGGGUUCAAUUAUGUCCUGGCACCUAACUAGCUGCUGGUUUUAAUGUCUUCUCUUUUAUUACAGUUAAUGUUCUUGCAGUAGGAUUUUUAACUCUUGUCUUUUUUUAUAUUCUACUGCCUCUGUCCUAUGAAUUCUGCUAAAUAGAUGCAGCUUUUUUCAUAUGUUAUUUAAACUUCUGGGUAGUAUUUGGUUUUAGUAGGUUGUAGGAGAUAAUAUGUUGGUUAGACCCUUAAAUACGGUUGAUGAGCUGUAAAUCAAAAAAGUAAAUAAGUUUUAAAACAUCUGUAAAA